AUGCACCGGGAGCCUCCUAGCAGCAGUAGCAGCAGCAGCAGCAGCAGCAGCGGCAGCAGCAGCAGCAGCAGCAGGAGCAUCGAGCAGCAGCAGGGGGCCCCCUCUCUCUUGGGAGCAGCAGCUGCCCCUGCUGCUGCAGCAGCAGCAGCAGAGCUGACAGAGGGCCCCUCAGGGGCCCCCCAAGAAUGGUCCCCAUCACAGGUAGAUCAAGUUGAGGGGCCCCCAGCGGAGCGUCUAUCGACGCCUCGUAAUGCAGCAACAGCAGCAGCUGCUGCUGCAGCUGCAGCAGCAGCAGCAGCAGCAGCAACAGCAACAGGAUCAGAACCACCAUCACGCAGCAACAGCAGCAGCAGGAUAUUGGUGGGGCCCCUAGAUGGUCUUGUUACUCAUGAUACAUUGGGGCCCCCUUACAGUUCAGGUCCAUCGACCCCUGUGUCUGGUGCAGCAACACCUACAGCAGCAGCAGCAGCAGCAGCAGCAGCAGCAGCAGCAGGAGAAGGAGGAAUUCUAUGGAAGAGUCGCGAGUCCUCAAGCAAGGCAGCAUCAGAGACAACAGGAAGCUUCGAUCUAGAUUCCUUUGAUAUAGCAGGGAAGGACCUAUCGCUGCAGCAGCAGCAGCAGCAGCAGCAGCAGCAGCAGCUACGGCUGCAACUCCAACCAGACCAGGAACAGGAGCAGCUGCAGCAGGAUCUGCAGCUGCAGCUGCAGCUAGAUGAGGAGCAGCGGCAGCUGCAGGCACUACAGGAGCUCCUUAAGCAGCAUAUAUUACAGGAGCAGCAGCAGCAGCAGAAGCAGCAGCAGCAGCACAAGAGGCAGCAGCAGCGACGCAACCGUAAGCAGCUACCACACCUAACUAUGUCUGAAUUAUUCAGCAGCAGCUUCGGUCUUGAGGGAGCAGCAGCAGCAGCAGCAGAUAGAGAAGCAGAAGAAGGACUGCAGCAGCACGGAUGGGACGGUGCAUACAGCAACACGUUGCAGCAACAGCAGCAGCAACAGCAGCAGCAACAGCAGCAGCAGCUACAGCAGCGACAGCAACAGGGUUCAUACAUUAUAACUGGCGGUUCAGGAGGCGGUACUACUACUUCUGCAGCAGCUGCUGCAGCAGCAGCAGCAGCAGCAGCAGGAGGUCGUCGCACCCGUCGUUCUUCUGCGCUGCUGCCGCGUCACAAGUUACUAUGGCUGCUGCUGCUGAGUGUAUCCGCAGGUCUGCUGCUGCAGCAGCUAGCUAGCAGCAAACAGCAGCAAAUAAUAGAUCUAGAGAGUAAGAAACUUCCUUCUUUGUCGCACUUUCUUGUUAAGGCAAGAGAAGGAGCAAAAGAAAAAGAUUUAUUAUAUUUGUUGCUGCCUAAUGCAUGCAAGCAGCAGCUGCAGCAGGAACUGCAGCAGCAGCUAGCAGCAGCAGAAGCAGAAGAAAUUAAAUUAUUAUUUGAAUUAGAUAAAUUAAAUGUAGAGAGAGCUAAUAAAGAAAAGCAACUGCAGCAGCAGCAGCAGCAGCAGCAGCAGCGGCAGCAAGCUGCUUCCCUUACCCAUCUAGGGGAAACAGGGAAAGUAUUAUCUGAAUUACGUGCUGCUGCUGCAUGCGCUAGGCAUGCAGUUGCGGGGCUUGAAGCAGCAGCAGACACAGCAGCAGCAGAUGCAGCAGAUACACUGCUGCAGCUAAAGCAGCAGCAGACAGCACUGCAGCAGCAGCUGCAUGCAGCAAAUUCAAGGGAGCAUAUUGUUGAUGUUAUGCUGCAGCAGCAGCAGCACAUUGCUGCUGCUGCAGCACAGAUGCAGCAAGAUAUUCUUGAUAAGCUGCAGCAGCAAGUAUCUGACCCUACCUUGCAGCACCAACAUAAGCAAUUGCUGCAGUACAUAGAGGAGCAGCAACAGCAGCAGCAGCAGCAACUGCAGCAGCACCAGCAGCAGCAGCAGCUAGGGCAAAAAAGACUAUUAACAGAAAUUAAUGAUCUUAUUCAUGAACUAGCAGAAGUAAAAGUACGUCUUAAUGACCUCAGCAGCAAAUGGUGGUUCCAGCGGCAGCAGCAGCAGCAGCAGCAGCAGCAGCAGCAGCAGCAGGGGAAGAAGGAGAUGCUACAAGGUGUUGUUCCUGCUGCUGUUGAUCCGCAGCAGCAGCAGCAGGAAGAGGAACGUCUAUUGCAGCAGCAGCAGCAGCAACAUGAUGAGGAGCGCUUCUCUCAUCGUGUUAAGAAGGAACGUUUGCUGCUGCUGCUGCAGCGCAUGCAUGCACAGAUGCAUGCAGCAAAACAGCAUCAGCAGCAGCUGCAGCAGGAGCAGCUGCAGCAGCAGCUGCAGCAGGUUGUUCUUGAUGCUGUUGCUGGAGAUGAUGGGGGGGGCCCCGAUACACCGGCCAAAGGGCCAGGAGGAGAUGGAGGGGGGGGCCCCAAUCUAUUAGGGGCCCAACGGCAGCAGCAGCAGCAGCAGCAACCCAAUGAAGCAGCAGAAGGUGCAGCAGCAGCUGCUGCUGCAGAACUACCUGCAGCAGCAGCAAUAGCGGCAGCAGCAGCAGCAGCAGAGUUCGUGCAUGUGUAG